AUGACACCAGAAGAAGUAGUGGCUGCAAGGAAGGGCAAAUCUGGUGUUGAUGAAAAGGUCCAAUCAACUGAAAAAAGUGAAGAGAAAAGGGACAGAUCAUGUGAGUAUAUCUGUCAGUUCUUUUAUGAAGCAGGUAUCCCACACAACACAGUGACACUGCCUAACUUUGAUCUUAUGCUUGAGGCUAUUGGAGACUUUGGCAGAAACUUGAGAGGGCCAACUCCAUAUGAGAUGAGUGGGAAAUUCUUACAAAAAAGGAAGAGGAAAGUGAAGGAGGUAUUGAAGUCUCACCAACAAUCUUGGGAGCUAAAUGGAUGCACAGUUAUGACAGAUGCUUGGACAGACAAGAGAGGUAGAGGUGUGAUGAAUUUGGUAGUGCAUAGUGCAUAUGGUUUUUGUUUUCUUGAUUCAGUGGAUUGCUCAGAUGUGAAGAACGAUGGCAAGGAUGGCAGGUACAUUUUUGACCUGGUUGAUAGAUGCAUUGAGGAGAUAGGGAUUCAAAAUGUAGUUCAAGUUGUAACUGACAAUGCAAGACCAAAUGAGGCAGCAUCAAGUUUGUUGAAAGCAAAGCAUCCCUCCAUUUUUUGGGAUGGUUGUGCUGCCCAUACCAUUGAUCUAAUGUUGGAAGAUAUAGAAAAGAUGCCAAGAGUUGCAUCAACAAUCAGCAAAGCAAAGUGCUUGACUGUUUUUCUAUAUGCCCAUACUAGAGUUUUAGAUCUAAUGAGGAAGUUUCUUUCUAGAGAUUUGGUAAGGUGUGGUGUUACAAGGUUUGCAACAGCUUAUCUCAACUUGAAGAGCUUGCUAGAAAACAAGAAAGAAGUGAAGAGGCUUUUUAAGGAUGAUGAGCUCAAUGAACUCGGUUACCUAAAAAGUGCCAAAGGGAAGAAAGCAAACAAUGUAGUAAAAUCUGAAACUUUCUAG